AUGCCAGUUGAAUCAAAGCGAAUCAUCUCAUCACUCACCUAUCUUUUACACACAGAUAUCAUCGGAAUGACUCUGUUCGAGAAUGGCCAAUUGGUACUUGAGGAACAAUACGAUAUCUCCUACGAACCAUCGGAUGAUGAUAUACUCAGCUACGCCCGCCUGAUAGGGAUCGACCCCGAACUAGAACCGGAGCUGUUGUAUCUUGCCCAGGAGGGCCUAACUGCCGCUUUACCUCCGGAGUGGAAACCUUGUCAAGAUGUGACUGGGGACAUUUAUUACUUUAAUUUCGCCACGGGCCAGUCAAUUUGGGAGCAUCCCUGUGACGUAUACUAUCGCGACCUUGCAGCUCAAGAGAGAUCGCGGUGGCGAAUCUCACGACAUAAUAGGCUGGACAAUUGUUGCACGAACGGAAAAGUGACAGAGACAAAUACGAAGAGGCAGCGAUUGGUACGAGUUUCGAAGCCAAUGAAAGCAGUUAAGAAACUCCCAGCUUCGCAAAACCGAGAACAGCUGAGUCGCUUAAACAGAAUUGAGACUGGCUUGCGGAGGAAAUCUUUGAGCACACAGAACCUAGACGUGUGCAACACAAUAAAGCGAGUCCCCCAACAAAACAACCUCCACAACUGGCCCGUGCAUGAAAACUGGUAUUCCGGGCUGAAUUCGGCCCCUGAGCAGACGGUCAAAAAUGACGUGACGGUUCGGUCUUCUCGAGGAAAAACGGAUGCGGUGAAAGAUACGCCCAGUGAAGCAGGAAAUUAUGAAAAGAACCACACGGGCAAUGGGUAUACAGUCCAACAGGAUGAAAUUCAAGCGGAGGCUACAGAUAGAGUCAUCAGGAUAGUUCACGAACAGUACACAUCGGGGAAACGGAUGAAUUCCAAAUUCGGCAACCCUAUCUCGGAGAUGUCUUUGCAUGGAAGGGAUUUUCAUCAGUCAACACCAUUCCUCUACAAUUACUCGGACGCUGCGUCCGCAUUUCGAGAGUGUCGACCUGAUGGUUUCCCAGAUGAAAUGCCCAGACGAGCCAAACUCUUAUCAGACUGCUCAGAACUGAUCGAUCCCUAUCGUCAGCAAGAGAAUCAGUUAACUUACCAGUACAGGCUACGGAAGUCUCAUCGAACGCCGCACGAUGUGCACGCUACCUCAGCAAUAGCCGACGACUGGCCUCUACGCUUUUGCAGAGAAAAUACAUAUCGUAACCGAGCACGUAUGAAAAUUCUGGCAAACUCGUUACCACUAGCAAACAAUCUCUCGCAAGAGCCUGCACCGUUUGCGAAUGACUCAACGCUACACCUGAGCACAUCAAGAUUGCGCACACCAUCGAGUCGACCCUCUCGGAUGCAUCCGGAGGUAGUGGACAAAAGGCGUCGACAUAAAGUGGCAACAGAAGACAGACCGUCUUCUGCGAGACUUGUUAGACAGCCAUUUGAGUUGUCCGACAACCGGGCUCGAUCAGCAGAUGCUCCUCUUUACAAUAACGAUACGGAGGACGAACUUGAUGCCUCCUCUCCAAUCCAGACUGAUGAAUCGUGUGAGCAGAAGGCUAAUCCGAUGACGAAAAGACGACAAGAAAACGUCCACGUUCUGAGUGAUGAGUCGACGAGCAAAUCGGUGCCGAACACAUCGGAUGACCAUUCUAGGACAUGUGAAAAUUUCAACGGUCCACGAGACGUGGAUAACUGCGCACACCCAGCCUGUAAUUCCCCUAUGAUGCUACAACAAAUCCUCGCUUCGCUGCAGCAGAUAUCGGGCAAUUUGAACCGAAUCCUAACAGCACAAGUGCAGCAAGAAGGGCUAGACACAGCAAAUGGCGCACCUGCUUUCUCGAGCAGAAACCUGAUUGGUAAAGUGUCCCACACAGCUAAUGAAGUGUUACCAUACACUUGUCGAAAAUCCACUGCUCCACCGCGGCACUUGAUCGACUGGCCGAAAGUAUAUGAGCGUUCCUGUAGAGAUUGGGGACAAGAUCACCAAGGCCAGCAUGCGCUAUCCAAAACCACUUGUCAGUCCGAUUUCAACGUGCGUGCGAAGAUUUCCGAACAGAUGGAAUGGCUAGAGAAAGCGAAAUCAGACUUUGCGAAUAAAUCGACAAGUCACAAUAUGCACGAAUGCAGCUGCUACAACUGUGCACAUGGGCCACCGAGUCGUGUUAAGUUUAAGCACACACUCGAGUCGAAGUAA